GCUCCUGCAUUAAGCUACAAAUAAUGAGCACUUUCUUAUGCUUUACAAUAAGUAAUUAAAAGAAAUUGUAGAGUUAGAUGCAAAAAUAACCUGAAGGACAGCUGAAUGUGUGGACCCACCAGUUUUCUCCUCGUGUGCAAAAGGUUAAUCCUUGUUAAUGCUUGGAACGUUGAGUUUCUACAGAAAGGGCUGCGUGUCCACACAUGUUUUGGCAUCUGCCCACACACUUCUGUAUGGUAUGACUCAGCAACCUAGAAGAAGGGCUGCGGUGUGUACAUUUGCGCUUCAGUGGAAUUUAACAAACUGAUUCCUGAAAAUGGUCUCAUAAAGCUCCACCAGGUGAGAAGAGUGAUGACCAUCCUUUUCCUUACUAUGGUUAUUUCAUACUUCGGUUGCAUGAAGGCUGCCCCCAUGAAAGAAGCCAACGGCCGAGGACAAGGCAGCUUGGCCUACCCAGGUGUGCGGACCCAUGGGACUCUGGAGAGCGUGAACGGGCCCAAGGCAGGGUCGAGAGGCCUGACAUCCUUGGCUGACACUUUUGAACACGUGAUAGAAGAGCUGUUGGACGAGGACCAGAAAGGUCGACCCAAUGAAGAAAACAAUAAGGACGCGGACUUAUACACUUCCAGGGUGAUGCUCAGUAGUCAAGUGCCUUUGGAGCCUCCUCUCCUCUUUCUGCUUGAGGAAUACAAAAAUUACCUGGAUGCUGCAAACAUGUCUAUGAGGGUCCGGCGCCACUCUGACCCUGCCCGCCGCGGGGAGCUGAGCGUGUGCGACAGCAUUAGCGAGUGGGUGACAGCGGCAGAUAAAAAGACUGCAGUGGACAUGUCGGGCGGGACGGUCACCGUCCUUGAAAAAGUCCCUGUAUCGAAAGGCCAACUGAAGCAGUACUUCUACGAGACCAAGUGCAAUCCCAUGGGUUACACAAAGGAGGGCUGCAGGGGCAUAGACAAAAGGCAUUGGAACUCCCAGUGCCGAACUACCCAGUCGUACGUGCGGGCCCUCACCAUGGAUAGCAAAAAGAGAAUUGGCUGGCGAUUCAUAAGGAUAGACACUUCCUGUGUAUGUACAUUGACCAUUAAAAGGGGAAGAUAGUGGAUUGAUGUUGUAUAGAUUAUAUUGAGACAAAAAUUAUCUAUUUGUAUAUAUACAUAACAGGGUAAAUUAUUCAGUUAAGAAAAAAUAAUUUUAUGAACUGCAUGUAUAAAUGAAGUUUAUACAGUACAGUGGUUCUACAAUCUAUUUAUUGGACAUAUCCAUGACCAGAAGGGAAACAGUCAUUUUGCGCACAACUUUAAAAAGUCUGCAUUUCAUUCCUCGAUAAUGUUGUGGUUUGUUGCCGUUGCCAAGAAUUGAAAACGUAAAAAGUUUAAAAAAAAUAAUAAUAAAUUGCAUGCUGCUUUAAUUGUGAAUUGAUAAUAAACUGUCCUCUUUCAGAAAACAGACAAAAAAAAAAAAAAAAAACCAACAAAAAUUUGAACCAAAACAUUCCGUUUACAUUUUAGACAGUAAGUAUCUUCGUUCUUGUUAGUACUAUUAUCUGUUUUACUGCUUUUAACUUCUGAUAGCGUUGGAAUUAAAACAAUGUCAAGGUGC